CGUGGGCACCGGCGCGCCGCCGCCCGCUCAGGACUCCCCGGAGGCCGAGCUCAAUUCCCCCAAAAUUAUAAAAGCGGGAAAACUCAAGACAAAGAAAUCCAACAAGGCUAGUGACUUCAGUGAUAUGGCAAACUGGCCAACACCAGGUGAAUUGGUUAACACGGGGUCUCAGAGUGUUAUCAACCAAGGAAAUAAAAAGCCACAAAUUAGAAAAGAAAAAGAAGAGAAGAUUGAAAAAAGAAGCAACAGUGAGAGCAAAGAGAACCGGGAAGCAAAACUAGAUGGUCCUAUUGAGACCAUCAGCGAGGAUGAGGCUCAGUCAAGCAGCCAGCGGAAGAGAGCUAAUAAGCACAAAUGGGUACCACUCCACUUAGAUGAUGUGAGACCAGACAGCCAGGAAAGACCUGGGUCCCGGAACAGCUCUAGAUGUCAACCUGAAGCAAAUAAACCAGCACACAGUAAUAGAAAAAGUGAUACACGAAGUUGGAGACGGGAUAGAGAAAAGAGAGAUGAUCAAGAUGAAGUGUCCAGUGUGAGAAGUGAGGGUGGUACCAUCCGAGGUUCUACCAGAGGCCGGGGAAGAGGCCGGGGCCGAGGACGAGGCCGAGGUCGAGGAAACCCUAGAUUGAACUUUGAUUAUUCAUAUGGUUAUCGAGAGCCAGGGGAAAGGACUGAGCAGCCAUUCCCUACAGAGCUCAACACCAGCAUGAUGUAUUACUACGAUGAUGGCACGGGUGUGCGUGUGUAUCCUGUGGAAGAAACACUGCUUAAAGAGUACAUUAAGCGCCAAAUUGAGUAUUACUUCAGCAUAGAGAACUUGGAACGGGACUUCUUUCUUCGAAGAAAGAUGGAUGAGCAGGGAUUCCUGCCCAUUUCCCUGAUUGCUGGUUUUCACCGUGUGCAGGCUCUCACCACAAACCUUAAUCUCAUCUUGGAGGCACUUAAGGAUAGCACAGAAGUAGAAAUUGUGGAUGAGAAAAUGAGGAAAAAGAUAGAACCAGAAAAAUGGCCAAUUCCAGGCCCUCCUCCACGAAAUGUGCCACAAACAGACUUCUCUCAGUUGAUUGAUUGUCCAGAGUUCAUACCUGGCCAGGCCUUUGGCUCCCAUACAGUUUCUACCCCAAACUCUCCAAGAAUUGGAAGUCCAUUGACCCAAAAGUAAAAUACUGAAACAAAUAAACCCUCCAAGUUAAUUAGAGGUUUGUCUACCAGCUUACCUGACCUGGACUCAGAACCACGGGUUUGAAAGAGGGUAAAUGUGAAUCAUUGCCCAUCCCCAGUGACAUUGAAUGAAUCAACAUCUGUACCUGAAGAGACAUCAAAUCAUCUAAAUUUGCCAGAGGAGCCAGAACAAAAUGAAGAGACAGAGCAGACAGGAAGGAAGAAAAACACACUUACUGCUUGGUCUGAUUAUGAUUGAGAUUAUGAAAUUGCUGACCAAGAUUUAAACAGCAUUUUGAUUGUAACUUAGACACCACCUUACAUGAGAACACAUCAUGGAGGAGACCGAACAGGGACACAUGCAUCACAAACAAAAGUUACACCAGAACUUGCUAGUAUCAAUGAUGGCGUGUAUUGCUGUGAACGGGAUCUGUGCAUGGAGGGUGAAAAUACACACAAAGCCAUAAAGCAAGAGGUUGAGAACUUUAAGAAGGUAAGUCUCAUUAGUAAAGAGCAGUAUGAAGACCUAACACCUGAACUUCCUUUUGAGCCAAACCGAGAAGUUCCUGUAGUACCUUCAUAGUCCUUGCCCUCUGCAGUGCUUGCAUCUGCCAGGGUUCAUCCUACAGGGACCCCCAAAGCACAUCAAACACCUCGACUGCAAGAUGCUAACAAAACACCAAGAUUUUGUCCUGUUGUCAAAGAACCAAGAGCCGUCAACACAAAUAGUCCACGAAAGAGGAAGACGAGUCACACCACAAACCCCCCUCUAGAGCAUCACGUUGGGUGGGUGAUGGAGUCCAGGGACCAUGGGCCAAGACCACCCUCUGUCAGCAGUUCAAAGGCUUCACCUUCAGAAAGUGCACCACUCACAGGAAGCUGCAGCUACAUACCUCAUUCCUUCCCAAAGUUGGAGCAUCCUUCUUAUGAACUGCUGAAGGAAAAUGGCUAUACCCAACAAGGGUACAACAAGUACCGUCGUAGGUGCUUAAGUGACAGAAAACGCUUGGGAAUUGGACAGUCACAGGAAAUGAAUACCCUCUUUCGUUUCUGGUCCUUCUUCCUCAGAGACCACUUUAAUAUGAAAAUGUAUGAAGAAUUUAGACAACUUGCUUGGGAAGAUGCAAAACAGAAUUACAGGUAUGGGUUAGAAUGUCUGUUCAGGUUUUAUAGUUAUGGACUGGAAAAAAAUUUCAUACAAGAAAUUUUUAAGGACUUUCAAGAAGAAACCAAAAAAGACUACGAAUCUGGCCAGCUAUAUGGACUGGAAAAAUUUUGGGCCUAUCUGAAAUAUUCUCAAUCUGAGACUUUGUCUGUCGACCCGAAACUUCAGGAAUACCUCUGCGGUUUUAAGAAGUUAGAAGACUUCCGUGUUGAUCCCCCUACCAGUGAGGAAUUGGGAAGAAAAAGACAUUCUGGGGAGGAGAAUGUUCACCAUACACUUCCAUCUCACCCUUCAGCACCUCCACCAAGUGCUGCAGAGCCUGCACCUGUCAGGGAACUGCUCCCAACGAGUAUACCCAGGAGAAAUCCACAGGAGUCCAGUGACAACUCACAGUGACAGUGCUGCCGUGGCCUCUGGGGUGAAGUACCAGGGAAAUAGAUGCUGACACAAAAGUUGUGUGUUCUUGAAGU